CUCCCUCUCCACCUUGUAUGGGUGCUGAAUUUCCAGGAGGUUUGAUCUCGUUUCCCCAGUUGCCUCAAUUUGGGCGGCUGUGCAACUCCUGGGCGUCCGGCAAGGCUGCUCCUGGGCUCCGCUCCGGGCAGGUGGGGCUCCCGCUCUCCCUCGGGCUGCUAGGAGGGCUUCUUCCCGCCAGGAGGAAGGUAGCCCCGAGUCGGUGCCAGGAGGAAGGUGCCACCAGGAAAACCUUUGCACAAAGUUCUGCUUGCAAGAUCCAAUCCGGGUCAGUCACUGGGACCAGAGGUUUCUUCUUCCGAGCUUUCAGACUCAUGCUGGAGCCCCUCCUCCUGCCCAUCUUCCAAUUCUUUGGCCAAAGUUCUGCUUGUUAGACUUUCCUUGGAUAGAAAGCCCUGGAAGUGAGCAGCCCCUGGAGACUAUGCAGAGGAGGGAACACUUUGGCCAAAAGUCCCCCCAGAGGAAUCAGGGAAGACUCUUCAAAUGCUCCAAUUGCGGGAAAUCUUUUGCUCGCCGGUCCCUCCUUUUGAUCCACCAGAAGCUGCACACGGGGAAUGGAUCCCACCUGUGUUUCCUUUGUGGGAAAUCCUUUCCUGGAGUGUGGAACUUUGCCAAACAUCUCCGGAGCCACCCUGGAUUGAAGCCUUACAAAUGCGGAGAGUGCGGGGAGCGUUUUGCUAAAGGCUCGGACCUUGGAGCCCAUCAGCGAAUCCACCAGGGAAAGAGAUCUCAGGAGUCCUGGAAGUGCUGGGGAAGAUUUCAUGAAAGAUGGCAUCUCUAUAGGCCUAAGAACAAGCCAACUGAAGAGAAGCCCUGCAAGUGUGUGCAAUGUGGGCUGUGCUUUUCCCAAAACUCAGAGUUCCUUAAACAUCAGCAAAUCCACACCGGAGCAAAACCUUAUCAAUGUCUGGAGUGUGGGAAAUCUUUCCAUUAUAAACAAUUGUUUAGAAAACAUGAGAAAAUUCACACAAGGCAAAGCCCUUAUAAAUGCUUUGAGUGUGGAAAAUGUUACACUCGGAACUCAUCUCUUUGCCAACAUAAUAAAACACAUACAAAGGAUGAAAGCAAAAAAUGCCUAGAAUGUGGGAAAUCUUUUUCCAACAAAUCAUGCCUGCUGCAACAUCAGAGAAUUCACACUGGGGAAAAACCCCACAAAUGCCAAGAAUGUGGGAGAUGUUUUGGAAGAAAGUCAAACCUAAUUCAACAUCAGAAACUUCACACUGGGGAUAGACCCUAUGAGUGCACAGAAUGUGGGAGAGGUUUUCGCCAGAAGUCACACCUAAUUCGGCAUCAGAUAAUUCACACCAGAGAACGACCCUAUCAGUGCCUAGAAUGUGGAAGAUCUUUUGGUGAAAAGUGUCACCUAAUUCAACAUCAGAGAAUUCACACUGGGGAAACACCCUAUCAAUGCCUAGAAUGUGAGAAAAGAUUUGUCAAUUCUUCUCGCCUUCAGAGACACCAAAAGACGCACAGGGAAGAAAAACUAUAUAAAUGUAAUGAUUGUGAUAAAUGUUUUUCUUUUAAGGAAACUCUUUUUGAACAUCAGAGUAUCCAUACAGGAGUUAAGCCCUAUAUGUGCAUUGAGUGUGGAACAUUUUUCCGUACAAUACGAAGCCUCAGAAAUCAUGAGAAUGUUCACAGAGAGGAAAAAAAGUUCAAAUGUUUAGAGUGUGGGAAAGAAUUUGCUUAUGCAUCAUCCCUUAGAAUUCAUUGCCAAAUCCACACGGGUGAGAAAAGUCAUAAAUGCUCAGUGUGUGAGAAAUCUUUUACCCGGAAAGAUACACUUCGGAUGCAUCAGAGAAGCCACUUAGAGAAGCAAUAUAAAUGUCCAGAGUGUGAAAAAACUUUUCGUUGUAAAUAUUAUCUUAGAAAACAUGAGAGGAUUCACAAAGGAGAGAAGCCUUUUAAGAAAAAUGAAAUGUGCCCAGAAUGUGGGAAGUGUUUUGGUGAAAAGUCAAAGCUAAUUCAACAUCAGAGAGUUCACACCGGAGAAAGACCCCAUCAGUGCCCAGACUGUGGGAGAUGUUUUGUCCAGAAGGGACACCUAAUUCGACAUCAGAAACUUCACACUGGAGACAGACCCCAUCAGUGCCCAGUAUGUGAGAAACGAUUUGUGGAUUCUUCUGAACUUCGGAGACAUCAGAAGGGUCACACAGGAGAGAGGCCCUAUAAAUGUGGGGAGUGUGGGAAAAGUUUUCUUAGAGCAAUACAGCUUCAAGUUCAUCAGAGAAUACACACAGGGGAGAAGCCAUACCUAUGUGUGGAAUGUGGGAAAUGUUUUUCCCGAAAAGUACACCUUGGAAAGCAUCAAAAGAUCCAUGUGAAGCCAUAGAGAUGCAUAGAGUGUGGUAAUGUUUUCUCUAAAGAAAGACAUCAUCAGAAAACUCACAUGGCCCUGAUGAUAGAACAGUUUUUCAUAAUUGUUCAACCCUUAGAAGUCAUAUAAGAGUUCAUAAAGAGGGGGGAUUAGAAACUCUUAGAUCAUGGGAGAGCAUGUGAAAUUGUCUGGAUUCAUAUUAAGACUCCUGGGCAGGGAAGGUAAAACUAGAAGACUACAGCUGUGUUAUUCUGUGGUAGGUCCCUUCUAGCCCUAUGAGUAAGAAUUUAAAAAGAAAAAGGAAAAUGGAUGAGAAGCAAACAUAGGGGGUAUUAACAAAAUAAGGCGAAAAGCUAAGGCUUCUGCUAAAACCUUGUAAGCCAUCAAAAGUCUCUAUUUGGGCAGGAUUAACGAAUCCAGGAAAUAAAUAGAAUCAUUAUUAAUAGAAACAUUAAACAGAUUUUUAGUACAAUGGCUGGUUUUAAAAUCAAUAGCUAAUGGACAAAAAGUUGAUCAAAAUAAGAAAACGGAAGACAAAAUAGAAUUGAAGAGGAAAAGUGAUUUAGAAGAAAUGAUACAAAAGUAAGACAUUGGGAUAUUGUUACAAAGAAUACAAAUUCAGUGUCAAAAUAAUUGUGACCAGGCAUGGAAUGAAAUUGAAAAGGAUGUGUUAAGAUGGAAAAUAGUACAAUUGUCAUUAUAGACGCUCUAUAAGUAAAAAUGACUAUAUUACUA